UCUUACCACAGUCUCUAACGUAUGACUGUUUGGGGACAUCUCUGCUGACAUCGGUGGCAUCGUAUUCAUCUCCGGAGUCCGGCGUGUGACAUUGUAAACUUGCUUCAAUAAUCUCGGAUAAUCCUCAUGUGGUACCCAUCGAAUCCGGGGUCAUCGGGCCUACUGAGGUGCAGUCACCUUCGAUACUUCUCAACAUUGAGGAUCACUCGCACUCUGCGUGGGACUCUAACCCUAGAGUUUCUAUUGACCAUCAUGGUGACUGGAUGUGUCAAUUACUUCUCAACUAUCUCCACGCUGAAAUCACACAUGCUCAACACCGCGGCACUCGCAUCUCCACCCGCGGAGCUGCUACUCGACGUGACUGCAUCCCAUCCAUCUUAUUCCAGACUCCGCAUGUCUCAACCAAGGACACCAGUGACUCAUGAAGCAUACCAACUCACAACACCCCCCAAUCGACUACUACAUCGGAGUUCCGGCCUCUAUCGACAUUCAGCAUAGCGUGUACCCAGGUUCCAUUCUCGGCGUUAUUUAGACCCUGCGUUGUAUUCCGUAU